CUUCCCUCGCCCUCCCUCUGCGCUGCCCCUUCCGCCCGGCCUUCUGCCUGCCCCCCUAUCAGCCUCCUCCGUGCCCAACCUCGCCCGGGCUCCAGCGCAGUGGCGGGGGAGCGGGCGGACCACCUUGGCCUGCGUGGAUGGCCGGGGCCUGCCUGCGGGACGCAGGCGUGCAGCUAUGCGACCCUUCCGCGCCAGCGGCCCGCGACGCGGUGAAGGCGCUGUCGCAGCACCUGGCGGCGCUGCCCGCCGAGGCGCUCGGUGGGGCCACCUUCGACCACGCGCUGGCGCCGCUGCUUGCGCGCCUGGGCAGCGGCGGCGCGCUGGCCCCUCCCGUGGAGGAGCUGCUGGGCGCGCUGGCGCUCCUGCUGGAGAGGGCGGGUCCCGCCAGCGUGCCGCCAGCCAGGGCUGCGAGGGUGUUCCCGCUGGUCAUGGAGCGCCUGCUGCCGCUGCUGGAGGGCAGUGGCGCCUCUGCCCCCAAGGAGGAGGCAGUGCUCGCGGCUCUGCGUUGCGCCGAGGCGCUGCUCGGUAGCUGGUACUCGGCUUGUGAUCGCAGCGGGGAGCUCGUCCGGCUGCAGGUGGGCUUCCUCGUCCACUUGGCGGUGCGCCUCGCGGACGGCGGCAGCCGCGAGCUGCGGCUGCGCGCUCUGCAGGUGCUCCGUCACGCAGGGGAGGCCGAGGACGACGCGGAUGCCUUGGCGUGCUUCUACCCCGGGGUGUGCUCGGCGCUGGCGGGCUUGCUGAUCAGGGCAGACUUCAAGCUGGGCUCGAAGGUCGUCGCCGCGGCCUGCGACGCCUGGCGCACGUGGCUGGCGGGAGUGCUGGCAGACUCUCGCAAUCUGGGCAUAGUGCAGCGGCGCUCGCCGCUGCGGCUGGCAGACCUUUUCUGGGAGCACAACCAGCGGGUCGGCGGCACGCUCGAGGCGGCCCCAGAUGCCACGGCGGGAUCCGCCGCCGUUGCGCUGGCGGCGGCGCCGGGGCGCUUGCCGAAGGUGUUGCGCGAUGCGGCGUGGCUGGAGGAAGUGGGCGCCAGAACUGGCGAGGCGCUGUGCGCGGCGCUGAGGCCCCAGGGAGCACCCACGGCGGCCCUGUGGGCGGAGAAGGCCUCCGUGCGCCUCGCCUUCCUGCGCCUCGCCGCCACGGCCGUGGGCAGGUGCAGCCACACGCUGCCACGGCAAGCCCUGGAGGCCACGCUGGAGGUCCUGCUGGGGGGCCUCUCGGACGACGCGGGGCAGAACCGAGGCUGCGCCGCAGAGGCGCUGCGGCGGCAGCUGGACUCUGGCGGGCCUGGCGCCGAGCUGCAGCAGCAGCUGUUGGCGCGCUUGCCGGUAGCCUUGCAGGAGGUCUUGCCUCCGCCCGGGAGGGCGCUGGACACCAGCGGAGCGUUGCAGCUCCGGCUGGCCAGGGCCGACGGCCUGCUGCGUUUCCUGCGCGAGCGCGGCGCGGGCGAACACCCGGUGGCGCCGCGGUCUCUGCCCGCGCACGGAGCGGAGGCUCUGGUAGAGCCCCUGGCAAAGCUGUGCGCCCUGGACCCGCAGGCGAUCUCGCCGAUCCUGCGAGAUGCGCGGUCCUUGGUCGCACUGCCUGUUUCUGGCAUCGGCGGCACCCAGAGCUUCCUGGAGCUGUUCCCGUACGGUUCAGAGGAUCGGGGCGGCGGCGCCGUGGCUUCCCCGCGGCCUGCCCUGGAGCAGCGGGAGGGCGCCGGCAGGGUGGCGAAGCCCGCGGAGGCCGGGCAGAGCAGCCAGGUGAAGGACUGGCUCCUGCGCGCCCUCCGCGCCGGGGGCGGCGAACCCUUGCUGGCGCAGGCUGUGGAGCGGCUGGUGGCGCGUGUGCUCGGCGUGUUCGCCGCGGAGCACCUGUUCUCCAUCUUCUUUGACGACGUUCAGUGCCAGUGGGCGCCUCCCGCCGACGCCAUCAGCUCGGGUGCGCCAGAUCCCUCCCCCCUGGACAGAGGCGCAGAGGGCGGAGCGCGGGGCGCGGUCCUGGCGCGGAGGGGCGCUGUCAUGUUCGCCAUGGCUGCUUGGCUGGAUGUGGCGCGCAAGGAGUCGCUGCUGAUGCCGCUUUGGGUGCCCAGGCACUGCGCGGGGCUGGCCCUGCAGGGGAUCCAGGCGCCUGCGGCCGGGGCUGCCGCGGCGCUCCACUGCGUGGGCUCCCUGCAGCUGCUGCACAGCGCGCUCGACUCGUUGCACACUGCAGAGCCGCUGCCGCGGCCCCCGAAGACCAGCGUGCAUGCGCAGGUGAAGAGCAUCAUCAUCCCACUGCUGGAGAAGCUGGGCUCCAGCUCGUUUGCCUGCUCCACCGCCGCGCACGCUGUCCUGAGCCGUCUCCACGAGCUGCUCCUCGCAGACGGCUCGUGCAGGCAUGUGUCGGAGUCGGGGGGCGCUGUGCAGGCGCUGCUGGCCGCGUACGCCGACUACGUGGUUGGAGACGUCUGCUUCCGCCUGAAGUACGACGCCCACGCAGCCCAUCUGGCGCCCGAGGACGAGGUCUCCGGGCUGCCCGCCAUCUUGACCGCGGUGGUGCAGCACGUCGACCUCGACAUGGUGCCCUUCCUGUGGGACAUCGUCCGCGUCCUGCUGGACGGCCCGGGGCACCUGCGCGGCGCGGCGCACCGUGGCGCCGGCCGCGCAGCGGCGCCCCACUGGGUGGCCCGCGCCCUCGCGGCGGUGGUGAAGCAGCUGGCGGGGCUCAUCGUCCAGCGGCGGGCAGCCCGCGCGGCGGAGGCGCCCAGCGCGGGCGCGCGGGCGGCAGGCGGCGCGACCGGAGCGGGCGGGGGCGAGCGGGCGCCGUCGGCGCUGGCGGAGCUGCUGCUGGGCAGGAGGCGCUGCCUCGGCAGACAGGUCCCCAUCCCCACCAGGCGUGGAUGGACCGCCGAGCGCCGCCAGAACGGCUUCCGCCUAGAGGACCUGGGCGCCUGCUUCGACGAGGACGCCGAGCCGGACGAGGAGCCCGACGCCGCGCUGCUGGCCCGGCCCGCGCCCUCGAGGUACGGCAGGGAGCGGCAGAUUGCCUCCGGGGUCAUCCUGUGGGUCCGGCACCUGCUGCAGUCCUCGUCGUCGCAGUGCCGGCACCUGGCGCACGUGGCGCUGGUGCACUCGCUGACGGUCCUGUCGACCAGGGCCAAGGAGCUGCUGCCGCACGUCCACAACGUCUGGCCCGCGCUGCUGCCGUCCUUCGCCGCGGAGGCGCCCCUCGCCGCGCAGGCGGACGCCUGCGUCGCGCUGAAGCACAUCGCCAGGCUGUCGGGCGACUUCGUGCAGCGGCGCUUCGUGUCCGAGUGCUGGCCUGGGCUCUGGGCGCGCUUGCGCGACGCCCCGGCGCUGCCGCAGCGGGAGGCCGCGGCGUGGUCGCCGAAGCUGAAGGGGCAGCUGGCGGCGCUGGACGCGCUGGCCUUCCUGGCAGGCGACGAGGCGGUGAUCUGCGGCGUCGAGGAGGAGCUCGUCGUGGUCGGCCUGAAGUUCCUCGAGCCCGGUGCGGCCCACCUCCUGCGCGCCCGGGCCUGGGCGCUCCUCGAGGCGCUGGCGGCGGCGGAGCCGGACCUCCUCUGGCUCUACGCGGGCCGGACCGCGGAGCCGCCGGCCGAGCUGCCGCUGCUCGCCGAGGCCGGGGCAAGCCUGGCGGCGCUCGCCGACGAGGACCGCCGCAGGCUGCGGGCGCUGGUCGAGCGGCAGGACAGCCCGCCCAGGCCCUGCGUGCCACUGUCGCCGGUGGGCGAGGUGUGGUGCGCCUGGCUGCGCGGCGAGCGGCCCGCGGGGGCCGCGGAGGAGUGCCCGGGCGCGGAGGCGCCCGCGUCGCCGGCGGGCGAGGACGAGGACGAAGACGAGGACGCGGAGGGCUGA